AUGGCAGCAACUACAAUUAGUCGACCUGUAAAGUAUGGUCUUUAUGUUGCCGCAGCUUGGCCAGGAGCACCGCUUUCAGUUUUAUAUAAAUUUUACUGGGUGAUCAUUUUUAGUGUAUUUCAUAUUCAACAAUACAAUUAUUUAAUCCAGCAUUAUAAAAUUCAUACCACUAUAGAAAUAAUAGAUAAUGUAGGCAUUUGUCUGGCAUUCAGUUUAGUAUGUAUCAGGUUGUUAAUCGCUUGGACACAUCAAAGCCUUCUUCGCAGUAUUUUAUCAACUAUGGAGAAAGACUGCCAAAAAUAUGCUGUUAUAGAUAAAAAUAAUGUAAUAUCGAAAACAGCACAUUGGUCUUAUCGUUCAACGACCAUUGUAAUAAGUGUCAGCGUAAUAUCUACGGUCUUUUAUGCGAUCGGCGCUUUUAGUUUUCAAGACAGUAACGUAACACAUCGAAAACUUUUAUUAAGGAUGGAUUUACCUUUUGAUACUGACAAGUCGCCAGUCUUCGAGCUUGUAGUAUUUGCACAAUACUUUUAUCAAGUAACAUCAGCUUUCGUAUAUGGCCUAUUCACUGCUUUCCUUUUGAUGUUAGUGCUUCAUGUAGGUUGUCAAAUAGAUAUUAUAUGUCAAAAGUUAUUGGAAACUCCAUAUAAAAGUGAAAAGCAAUUGAAGUUUUUCAUUAGCAGGCAUCAAGAGAUUAUUAUAUUUGCAGAGAAAAUUGAGAAGUUCUUUACUUACAUAGCGCUUACUCAACUUGUGGCGAAUACUAUAAUUACUUGCUGUUUGGGCUAUCUUACAGUAAUUUCAUUACGUAUUAAUAGUGGAUUUGCUAUGUUCAUAAAAUGUAUUGUUAUGUAUAUAGCUUGUUGUUUGGAUGCAUUUGUAUAUUGUUUUUCUGGAGAAUAUCUCAGCAUUAAGAGUAAAUUGAUCGGGGACACAGUAUAUAAAUUUCUUUGGUACAAUAUACGUCCAAAAGAAACUCGACUUUUGAUACCUGUGAUAUUAAGGUGUCAAAAAGGAUUUACUUUGACAUUUGGAAAAUUUGCUAGUCUUUCCUUGGAAAGCUUUACAACUGUAAGCUAUUUAUAUGUGUUUUACACUUAGUGAUUUAAGUAUAAAUAAUAUUUUAUUAAUCAGUUUUACAUAAAUAUGAUGUUAGAAUAUUUUGUAUAAACGUAGCAUCAGAUUAUUACUUAGAGAAUAUUUAAUAAUUUCAUUUGAUUCAGCAAAAUUUGGAAUAACAUUAUUUUAUACUUUUAGUUCAUGAAAGCUUCAGGAUCGUAU